CCCAUCACUCCUUAUCCAGAUCAAUGAACAGCCUAUAGAUUGAUUUGCCGGGCCUCAUCCCGCCUAUUCUCCUUUCUAUCCGUACACUGGCGCCAGUCGCCUCGUUUUCCUUUUUGUCCGAUCAUCUCCAUAGGUAUUGGCGGGGGGUUUCCUCUCUCGUGAGUCUAUUUCGGUCGCUCGGUUCGUCGCCUUCUGCCUCAGCACCCAAAAAAAAAGCCAUCUUGGGAGACGCGUGGUGUGCCACCUUGCCGCCAUCGGAAACACAUUUUUCCCUGUCGAAGAUCUGAAUAUCCAUAUAUCCAUUCACUCCGAGUUCGAUCCGAAGGGGAGCCUCAUAGCCCGGUUUCCCGUCGCCAGGGUCUAGCAGCUGUCCAUCUCUCGUGCCUCAACCCCACUACAUGCCACCGAAGACUGUGGUAUUAUUUGAGGUUGAUCACUCGAGACCCUGAAUGACAUUGACCCUGUUUGUUGCCAUCACUGUCUCGGUCAUCGAUCUCCCUCAGUCGACCAGGCCUGAGGGAUUGACUGUCCCUUCUUGAGGAGCAACUUGAAUUCUGCCCUUGGAAACCUCAAGCUGCGCACAAACACCCCUCAACGGCGGCGCAAUAUCAAAAGCUCAUAAUACUGCCAUCCAAUCUAUUUGGGGGCCGGACAUCUGGCCCAACCCAUAGAUUCUAUACUUAUCCGACCGUUGAGAAGUACGACCCCAGUCCUAUUCGAGCGGGUUGCCACUCCCUCUACGGUUGAGAUCUGCGUUCCUUGCUACGAAAAUUCCACAUGAGAAACGAGUCGGCGUGUACCGCGAUUCAUCGUACAGCUUGUGAGGCCUAUCGCCCUGAUUGACUGUCUCGUCGCUGGAGCACCUGCUCGCCUCGACUUUGCAACAAACCUUGGUGUCAAUGAAAUUCCACCUGUGCUUGAAUGACCGAUCUCGCACCCCAUCUCGAGCGCCUUGGCCUUGAGCAAUACCUCGACGCUUUCAUCGGCGAAGGAUUCGACACCUGGGAGACUUUGACAGAUAUUCAAGAGAGCGACUUUGACGCUCUCAAUGUCAAACUUGGCCAUCGCAGGAAGCUUCAGCGGGCAAUUGCUGAAUACCGAGGGGUCUCAUACGAGCGCCUCUUCGGCUCCCCUGCUCACGAAGGGCUCUCAGAAAGCAACAGAGGGUUUGAGGCGGGUGCGGGGCCCCCGUUGGGUCCUGAGCGACCGUCUGUUCCUCCUCCCGAGACAAAGCGAAAGUACAGGCGUCAUCCUAAACCGGACGAGAAUGCUCCCGAACGUCCUCCUUCUGCCUACGUGAUCUUUUCGAACAAAGUGAGGGAAGAGGUCAAAGACCAAAACCUUUCCUUUACGCAAAUAGCCAAACUCGUUGGGGACCGAUGGCAGAAGUUGGAUCCAGCUGGCAAAGAGCCCUUCGAGGCCCAGGCAAGUGCCGCCAAAGAGAAAUACAACAUCCAGCUGUCGGCAUACCGCAAGACCGAGGAGUACAGGGACUACAUGGCUUACCUUGCAGAGUUUAAAGCCAGGCACGGCCAGUCGUCCGAGGCCAAGCGGCCCAAGCUGGAGCAGGAAUCCAGCGGGAGCAUCAUCUCUACAAAGUCGGUCGAAGCAAACCCAGAAGGGACGGCGCAGGCGUCUGGUCAUUUCCGCGGAGGCUCGAUCGGCUCGUCCGCAUCUUCUCCAUUCAUUGGCGGCACCAUGCAUCCCAGCGGUUCAGGAGGGUCGCUACAAUCACGACCGCAACUACCUUCGUCUCGGAGCGGGACGCCUCCCUCAGUCCAGCAGGCCCGUGAGUACUUUCGUCCGGGCUUACUCUCUAGCCAGAGUUCGGUCUCUGAUGAAUCUUCUACAGUCCGGAGUGAAGUCCCUGAUCCAUUGAUCCGGGCUGCUGGUCUAUCGCUGGGCACAGGGUCAGGUACGCCUCCUCUACCGGCACUGCCACCGAGUGCGUCGUCAGUGGAGUCUACAGGGUCCCCUGACCCCCUUGCAAGGUCAAGACUGUCGUAUUUCGUACAGCAGCAGCAGCAGCAGCAACAACUACAACAGCAGCAACAACCCCCGCCGCCGCCGCCGAUCCCUCCUCCCCCGCCGGCGUUUGGCAGUGUCCCCCCUGGACACAGCGUCUUGCCCUAUCAACCGACAUUACCCUCGCCCACAAUGCAGGAGCCGUCGUGGAGAAAUCGUCCACCCGACUUUCGAGGCUACCAAGAGACCCCGAGGGCCUCCCACGCUUCCAUACACCUUCCUAGUCCUGGUAGAGAACAGUUGAGCCCGACUCAGCUGCCUCCAAUCCUGUCCCACGAACGACCUCCUGAAUUCCCUCAAGGCCCGGGGUCGAGAAGUCUCCCGCCUCCUCCUCGAACAGGCUCGAUAGGUACUACUACUCUUCCGCAUCUCGGCCGUGCCAUGGACCAACCUCGACCCGUGGCGACCGAUCCUCUACAAAUACGCCAGCCAGGGCGCGAUGAAGGCCGGCCCGGCCUCAAUCGGUCAGAGAGCGAUGCGGCGAACACAUUGGCUGGACUGGCGACAGGAGUCCCUCGCUCUGACACCACCCGGCCUCGCACCCACCCACCGCUUCCACGCCCUCCACGACGGUCUCCAUAGCAGCUGGCAUUCUGCUCCGAGAGCGACACUGGGUUUGAGCAGUGCGACCUCGGGUGACGUAGGUGCAUUCACGUGAUUUGAGAUUUGCUAGGGCGGCAUUCUGGAGGCAUCGUACAACAUUUACACUUUUGGCAUGGCUAUGAUGAAAAGAAAACAUAAAUCAACGUUUAAUAUCGUCCCAGCUCGUCUCGGCGUCGAGGAGUUUGUGCGUUACAUGCCUGAUACUCAUUGCUCCGUCCUCAAUUUGCUUUGCGGAUCAAGAUUGUUCUUUUGCCAUGCCGCACCAUGUCACCCCAUCAUUCAAGCUCGGAGGAUCAAGCGUGCAUCUUCAGCGGUGGCAUUUCGGCGGCGGCCGAUGGGUUGUUGUCUCUCAUAGGAGGGAGUUUGGCUGUAUGUCUUGAACGCAAUCUUAUAGAAAACCAUCUGCCCCACCGCUGUGUGCUCGUAACUUGUCGAGAAGGGACCCGGUCAGGUUCAGAAGUACCUGAUAAUUGUAUGUGAUAGAAGCUAGACAUGGUAGGUACGUUGGGAGGCUAGAAGAGGGCACCGGACUGUGCAUGGCUCACGCGUCUGGCAGGAAGUUGGUCGGAAAGAGGUUUAUGGCUUUGCCAGAUUGAGCCGCAUCCGGUCUGAUCUGCGCCAAUCUUACCAAGGGACCCCAUUCCCCGUGUCGAGUAGUAUUGAGAGGUAGGAAGGUCAUUGGACGUUGGCAAGGGAGAGAGGCUCUGAUAGACUUUGCGCGUGGGAAGGCAACCUCGUCUGCAGGGCGGGAGCGGGCCUCAAGGGCAUUUGUUUAGCAACGGUGCCAGCGGCAGUUCAUUUCAAGGGAGGACGAAUCGAGAGGCGAGAUAAGCAGCCAGAACGGACUAGUCAGGACCACUGCAGAAGGAGCAGGAAUGAAGGUUG